AUGCUCUUUUCGUGUGUAGUCUACGGAAUGGUGUUGUUGACGGCAGCUCAAAAUGAAUACCUACCACCCAGCAAAGGUUACCAGUACCCAACGCCAAGUAAACCAUUUACACCUAAGCCUACACCUCCAACAAUAAGAACGACUACACCCAGAAAUGGUUACUUACCUCCAGUAACACAACCUGCGCCAACUCCACCCCGUCCUACUCAUGAGGUAAGUUACUUCAAGAGUCCAUCAAGCGUUAAAGUAUAG